GAAGGGAGAGCAAACAAAGGGGUCAGGAGGGAAAAUAAUGCCCUGGCUUCCUGAGGCCCUGCAGAGGCUGGGCAGGGUGAGGGGGUGAGGGCCAGAGGGGACUGAGGCUGUCGGCAGGCAGGCCAGGGCAGGCUGGUCCUAAAUGGCAUUGUUUGAAGGGCUGGCUAAUUGCACAGAGCAACCUGAGCCUCUGAUCCCAGCCCCGGCCCCUCCCUGUGUCCUGUGUGCUGGCGUCUGAGCCUUUGGGAUUGCCUGGGCAAUGGAACCAAGUCCUGAGCCUCUGAGUUUGGAAACAAUGAAGGGAGACACCAGACAUCUCAAUGGAGAGGACGACGCCAGCGGGAGGGAAGACUCUGUCAUCGUCAACGGGGCCUGCAGCGACCAGUCCUCCGACUCACCCCCGAUCCUGGAGGCAAUCCGUACCCCUGAGAUCAGAGGCCGCAGAUCAAGCUCACGACUGUCCAAGAGGGAGGUCUCCAGUCUGUUAAGUUACACUCAGGAUCUGACAGGUGAUGGAGAAGGCGAGGGGGAAGACGGGAAUGGCUCAGACACUCCAGUGAUGCCAAAACUCUUCCGUGAAACCAGGAUUCGUUCUGAAAGCCCAGCUGUCCGAACCCGAAAUAACAACGGUGCCUCCAGCCGGGCGAGGCACAGGCCCUCCCCACGUCUGUCCCGAGGCCGGCUGGGCCGCAAUCACGUGGACGAGUCCCCUGUGGAGUUCCCGGCUACCAGGUCCCUGAGGCGGCGGGCAUCAGCAGGCACGCCGUGGCCAUCCCCUGCCAGCCCUUACCUCACCAUCGACCUCACAGAUGAUGUAGAUGACACAGAAGUGACACCCCAGAGCAGCAGUACCCCCUAUGCCCGCCUAGCCCAGGACAGCCAGCAGGACAGCUUGGAGUCUCCCCUGGUGGAUGUGGAGAGUAGAGAUGGAGACAGUGCAGAGUAUCAGGAUGGGAAGGAGUUUGGAAUAGGGGACCUUGUGUGGGGAAAGAUAAAGGGCUUCUCCUGGUGGCCCGCCAUGGUGGUGUCCUGGAAGACCACCUCCAAGCGCCAAGCCAUGUCUGGCAUGCGAUGGGUCCAGUGGUUUGGAGACGGCAAGUUCUCUGAGGUCUCUGCAGACAAACUGAUGGCACUGGGGCUGUUCAGCCAGCACUUUAACCUGGCCACCUUCAAUAAGCUUGUCUCUUACAGAAAGGCCAUGUACCACGCCCUUGAGAAAGCCAGGGUGCGAGCUGGCAAGAACUUCCCCAGCAGCCCUGGAGACUCAUUGGAGGACCAGCUGAAGCCCAUGCUGGAGUGGGCCCACGGGGGCUUCAAGCCCACUGGUAUUGAGGGUCUCAAGCCCAACAACAGGCAACCAGAGAACAAGACCAGAAGACGCACAGCUGACACCUCUGACUACUGCCCCCCACCCAAGCGCCUCAGGACAAGUUACUAUAAUGGCAAAGAUCGCGGGGAGGAUGAGCAGAGCCGAGAACAAAUGGCUUCAGAUGUUACCAACAACAAGAGCAAUCUGGAAGAUAACUGUUUGUCCUGUGGUAGGAAAAGCCCUGUUUCCUUCCACCCUCUCUUUGAAGGUGGGCUCUGCCAGACGUGCCGGGAUCGGUUCCUCGAGCUGUUCUACAUGUACGAUGAUGAUGGUUAUCAGUCUUACUGCACUGUGUGCUGUGAGGGCCGCGAGCUGCUUCUCUGCAGUAACACAAGCUGCUGCCGGUGCUUCUGUGUGGAGUGCCUGGAGGUGCUGGUGGGCGUGGGCACGGCGGCAGACGCCAAGCUCCAGGAGCCCUGGAGCUGCUACAUGUGCCUCCCACAGCGCUGUCACGGCAUCCUACGGCGCAGAAAGGACUGGACCGUGCGCCUGCAGGCUUUCUUCACCAGUGAUAUGGGACAUGAAUUCGAAGCCCCCAAGUUGUUCCCUGCAAUUCCUGCAGCCCGAAGGCGGCCCAUUCGAGUCCUGUCCCUCUUUGAUGGAAUUGCGACAGGGUACUUGGUCCUUAAAGAAUUGGGCAUAAAGGUGGAAAAGUAUGUCGCCUCUGAAGUGUGUGAAGAGUCCAUCGCUGUUGGCACCGUCAAGCAUGAGGGAAAUAUCAAAUAUGUGAAUGACGUCAGGAACAUCACAAAGAAAAAUAUUGAAGAAUGGGGCCCGUUUGAUUUGGUGAUCGGUGGAAGCCCAUGCAAUGACCUCUCAAAUGUGAAUCCUGCCAGGAAAGGCCUGUACGAGGGCACAGGCCGGCUCUUCUUUGAGUUUUACCACCUGCUGAAUUACUCACGCCCAAAGGAGGGUGAUGACCGACCCUUCUUUUGGAUGUUUGAGAAUGUUGUAGCCAUGAAGGUUGAUGACAAGAAGGACAUCUCACGGUUCCUGGAGUGUAAUCCAGUGAUGAUUGAUGCUAUCAAAGUUUCUGCUGCUCACAGGGCCCGGUACUUCUGGGGCAACCUACCUGGGAUGAACAGGCCUGUGAUAGCAUCAAAGAAUGAUAAACUCGAGCUACAGGACUGCUUGGAAUACAGUAGGACAGCAAAGUUAAAGAAAGUACAGACAAUAACCACCAAGUCGAACUCGAUCAAACAGGGGAAAAAUCAACUUUUCCCUGUUGUCAUGAAUGGCAAAGAAGAUGUUUUGUGGUGCACUGAGCUCGAAAGGAUCUUCGGCUUUCCUGUACACUACACGGAUGUGUCCAACAUGGGCCGGGGAGCCCGCCAGAAGCUUCUUGGGAGGUCCUGGAGCGUGCCUGUCAUCCGACACCUCUUCGCCCCUCUGAAGGACUACUUUGCAUGUGAAUAGUCCCCUCCAGGCACUGGGGGCACCUGAGGUGUGUGGGGCAGAGCCAGGACCCAGGAGGGGGAAGCAUCCCCAGGCUCUGCCCCUCCUCAGCCCAGCUGUGUGGGGGUCUCACUGACUGCAUACCUCAGUUCUCCCCCACUGCUUGGUGGGAGCAGAGCCACCCAGCCCUCUCUUUGCAGGGAGAGCCUGAGGUGCCACCUCUUUGUGCACAAUUCAGACCUGGCCGCCCAGAAUGGCCAGACAUGGUGCUCAUUUUUCUUCUCCUAAAACGUUUAAAAACUUGAAGUGUAGGUAGUAAUAUGGCUUUUUUUUCCCUCCUGGGUUUACCACUCAGAAACAGUGGCUAAGAUACCAAAAUCCCAGUACUGACAGCUCUCCAAUACUCAGGUUUAAUGCUGUAAAAUCACCCAAGACAGUCAUUGCAAGACUAAGUUUUUUAAUGUCUGCUGCUCUGUGUUUACAGGAGUGUGCAGUUGUAGACAUGUAGCUAAGGGACAUUUUAAUGGCCCAGGAUGUUAUUCCUAGGGCUAUCAGGAGAGGAAAUGAUGUAUAUGUCUUUCUUGGAUUUUUACCUGGCACAUUCCCCUUGCCUCAAUACAAGGGCUGGAGUCUUCCCAUUAGAGUAUUUUCCACAACGAUGAUGAUUUCAGCAGGGAUGACAUCAUCAUCACAUUCAGGGCUAUUUUUCCCCCACAAACCGAAGGGCAGGGACCACCGUUAGCAAAAUCCCUCCCCAUGACUGCAAUAGAACCCUCUGGGGAGCUCAGGAAGGGGUGGUCUGAAUUAUGUAAUGUAAGCUGCCAUAUGUUAUAUAGACAAUUAACAGCCUCUCAGUAUCUCCUUUCCUCUUCCCCAUGUGGGGGGCGGGAAGGAGGGAGCUUGGGUAAGACCCCCCCCCCCCGCCCCCAACCCCUCUCCUAAAGAUGUACACCCCUCCCCCAACAGGCACAGGUCCCCAGAUGAUAUCCUAAUUCCUCAUCCUUUUUCUAAACUCAGAAGCAGUGACAGCCAGGGGCAAAAGCACAUUCCUCACCCUUUUCCCUCCUCUCUAAGAGAUGGCAGGGGGAAACUGCAAUAAAAGCUCGAUCCUCCCUCGAGAUUUUUAAAUCCCUUUUUAUUCCACAGUAAGUCGUUUUUAGGGGAAUGGGAGGUCAGACAAGCCGCAUUUCAGAAAUGCUGUCGUAAUGGUUUUUAACACCUUUUACUCUAAUUACUGGUGCUAUUUUGUAGAAUAAGGAACAACAUUGACAAGUUUUGUGGGAAUUUUUAUACACUUUUUUUUAAUCUCAGACUUCUAUUUUUAUGUUUAACAUUUUCAUUAAAAUUUUUUUGUAACUGGAGUCACAUAACGAGUAUGGGGAAAAACUGUGCCUUGUUUCAACAGUUUUUGGUAAUUAUUAGGCUGAAAGAUGGACAGAUGCCUAGAGUUUACCUUAUUACAUUUAAUUAAAAUCAGUAUUUCUCUAUAA